AAACAAACGAAUUAGGCCAGCAAAGCAUCGGGAAUGUUGAACGGGUUAAACUGUAAGUGAAAACAAGGUUCAUUGAACCUGGACACACUCAAUUACAAUCUAUUUACAAUAUUUAUAACCACAUCUCAACACCACACACUCAAACCCAAAAUCACAAAGCUUCUUCUUUCCACCGCAUCUCUAUUAUCUCCAAACCUAGAACUUAAUUCCCCUUCAAAUUCAUGAGUAUUUUCACCUCGUCAAUGAUGGCAGUGAUCGGCACCGGCGGGAAAAAACAGAUUAAAAAUGCGGUGCCGGAGCCGGAGUUGAAAAAGAGAAACGAAGAGCUUGAGAAGGAGUUAAAGGAAAGCAAGGAGAGAGAAGAGCAAAUGAAACGGCAGUUACAGAGCGCUUGGGAGAGGCUGCGCGUGGCGGAGGAAGCCGAGGAGAGACUCUGCUCGCAGCUCGGAGAGCUAGAAGCGGAAGCCGUUUAUCAAGCGCGUGACUAUCACGAUCGCAUUGUUUCUCUGAUGGAGCAGCUCUCACGCGCGCAGAGCCUCCUGCACGAGGUGAUUCCUUCAUCUUCCACCUAAUAACGGCUUCAUGAAAAUGAAAAUGAAGCUUGUAAUAGAUUUUGUAUAUGCGGCGGCUACCAUGUAAUAGCUAUUGUUAUUAUUUAUGUAAAUGUAAAUGAGCCUUGAAAAUUGAUGAUUCA